UUGGUUAAGAGUAGUAUCGGUGAAUUAAAUUCCGUAUGUGUUAACAGAAUAACAUUACAGAUGCCAUACAUUUUAGUACGUGGUAAUCUUGCAUCGUAUGGUCAUAGAUACCCAUGGAGAGUUUUAGUAUCAGGUCUUAAAGCAUCAGAUAUAGAACAACUGAGUCGUUUUGCUUCUGGGGGAUAUUGUGAUGAUUCGACAAUAGUGUAUUUGCAACAUCCUUGUGUAAUAUUAACUGCUUUAGAAGUUCUUGGUUACAAAGUCGUAGCAUCUUCAAGUACAAGUGUUAAACAAGAUUAUAAUGAGUACAUGUGGACUAUGAGAAAAGAUUUUUCUGAACCUGAACCUGAACCUGUUAUUAAGACAGCAUUCUAGAAGCAACAUUUUUCUUUUGACAGUAAAAGACAACGAAGUUUAACAAUCCUCUUUAGCUCAACAAUGUCGCAAUCAGUGAAUACAAGUGUCGGAAAAUUAGCCAAUGAAGUGAAUGAUGAUGAGAAUUACUAUUACGUUGGCG